AAUUUCCAAAGAUUCUCCUUCUACAAAAGCCUUUCCCCCCACGUCAAAUUUUCUUAGCAUUUUUAAUUGCUACCGCCAUUAUUAGUUUUAUUGACAAGACAAUACAAAACUGGUCAUAAGAUAUGGAAAAUCUUCUUAGUACACCUACACCAGCCCCUUUCUCUCUGGACUCUCUCUCUCUGCAGAAGGACAACCCUAAAAGAAAACCAUCACAUAGCCGCCGGCCCUAGCCUUUGGCUUUAGGGUCUAUGGCAGCCCCCUGAUUUCUCUUGUUUUCUUGUUUUCUUCCUCCUUUCUUCUUCACAUAUGCUUUCGUUUGAAUUUUGUUUUAGUUUUCUGGGCUCUUGUGUCAGUUUUGGACCUUUUCCUCACUCAAUGGUAGUUCAUCGCCAAACCCAUCUUUCCUCCCCAUCGCACCUCUCUUUCCUUCCUUCCCUUUGCUCCCCCUCAUAUUCCCCAACCUUUAAUCAGAAAAUAGGUCUUGGAGUGUUGGGCUCUAUCUUGACCCUAGUCCCAACUCACACAGCUCACUGCCGAUCCGGCUUGCCAAAGAAACUAAGCAAAGUGUGGAACAAUUCACGUCGGAACAAGGGUGUUUUACACAUCCCUUUCACCCUCCUCUCCUCCUAUUACCGUUUAUGUCCUUUCUUGUAGGGUGCUGUGUCAAUUUUGGUUCUUGGGGGAUGGAUUCUGCAUAACCUUCUUAGAUCUAUCUUUUGGUUAGUGUUGUUUUUGUUUUUUGUUUUUUUUUUUUUUCCAGUUUGGGGAGAUGUUUUCCUUCAUGGUGGCUGCUAUUGUGAUGAUGGAUAUUAGGGUUUUGUUGUUGUCUUUUCUUACCUUGCUUACGGACCUAAGUUUAUGUGGGCAUUCCAUUAUAUAUUGGGUUGUUACCCUCCCUUUGCUUUGGCUUGUUUUUAUUUAUGUCUUGCUUUUUUUUAUUUAGGGUCUUAUGUUUUUGUGUUCUGGUUGGGUUUAGGCCUAUCUUGCAUAGGUUGUAAUGUCCCUUUCAUGGAUAAAGCUUUAUUUUCGAUCAAAAAAGAGAUGGCAAAUCUAUCCAAAACUCGAGUAGACUUUAUCAUUUUUUAAAUGAUAUGUGUUAUUUUUUAGAGCUGCAUAGUGAUAGGCUUGAAAUUCCUAUUUUUCAAACAAAAGCUCAUCUAAUUUUAACAUUGAAUAAAAGAGAGAUUUUUGGAACAAUUACUACAAACAUAUUUACAACUUUUUUUUUUAACAAACGAUAUUAUGCAUACUAAGGGUGGAAGAGUGAGAUUCAAAUUUAUCUUUAGUGAGAAUCGAAUCUAAGACCUCUUAUUUACAAGUAAAGAAGAAUAUAGGCCUCUUGCUUACAAUUAAAGAGGAAUACCACUCAAUCAUAGAAUCUCUUGUAUUUAAUAUUUCUAUCAACUUAUUAUGUGGUAUUUGGUUAUUUGCUAAAUACUUACAUGUUAUGUCAUUUUUCUUAUGAUCUUUCAUACAUUUAUGUGAUCAUACCUAUGUGGGAAUUGCAAACUAAGCUAAACUGUGAGUUAACCAGUUUGUAGUUAUCAUCUAGCCUACACAAAGAAAAUGUUUGAAGUCUUUUCAUAAACAAGGCAUAGAAAAGAAACUAACAUGGAUCUAAACCCCAUCCAUGGCACAAUCUUUUGAUUAGAAGUUGAAUUUACUUGUGGGGCAAGUUUACUAACAUUACUAUUCAACAAUUCUGUUGGUAUUUGACAACAGUAGCACGCCUACCAUAACAAAUCACUAAUUUAAAAGAGCCUCAUGCCUACUUAAGGUGUUACAAGGUAUUGUAAAUUGACAAAAUUUACAAACACUCACAUAAGGAAUUGCGUCUCCAACAUAAUGUGACCUACUACUUCUCAUUUACAUCUGCUUCUCUAACCAAAUAGUAUUGGAUUUGAGUAAUGAAAAAUUGAAAAGUUAAAUGAUGAGUUCGGCAAUGAAGUUUACAAUUCUCUGUCUUGUGGGAAAUGGAUGAGUAGUGGUAAGUAUCCUUGUGGGUCAUCUGUAAUGGUGGAAAACAAUGUAAAUGUAAAUGUUCCAAUACUUAUUAUGUUGGAACCCUAUUGGACUCUAAACUUAUCUCAUUCGGGUUUUGAGUUUAGUAGAAACUAAGAACGGUUAGAGUUAAUAGGUGAAUAAACUUCUUUCCUUUAAAGUAGGACAUUAAGGGUUAAACGUGUUGGUGAGUGGAUAUCCCACGUUGGAAUGUAAAUGGGCGUGCAGUUUUGCCAAGUAGUUUCUGUGAUAGGUGGAAACGGUUGUGGUUACACGUCUAUGAAAGGAUAAGUCCCUGCUCAAGAGGAACACGUUCAUAUAUCAGAAAAUCUAGCCCUAUUCUAGAAAGAACAUCAAGUCCUCCUUGAGUAGAAGAUUUCCUUUUCUUCCCUGUGAUCAAUGGCUUCACAAGGUCAGAACUCAAAUCACAGUAUUACAUGCUUGUUCAUAAUCUAUGUUUGCGGCUAUAUUAAAUUCCAACAUUUGGUAUCAGAGCAUAUAAUAACUCUUCAUAGAUUCUUUGAUGCGUAUAAGGAAGUUUGCUUAAUUGAUUUAUUCAUCUUUUCGUGUUUUACUGAUGAUUUGGUUUCUUGAGUAUCACAAGUACAGGAAUGGAUUUUGCGCUAAGAUGAUUUAAGUUCUAACCUUAACAUUAUUGAAGGAUACAUGCUGAUAAAACCAUUUGAAACAAAUGUUUGUAAAGCUUUACCAAAGUGAAGUUUUUUAAGAAAUUUUUUUUAUAAGGAAGGUGGCAUGGUUGUGUUUUAUAAGUCAUGACAUGGUAACGUACUACUCCAAAGACAAGAGGGUUAACUGGUUGGAUUUGUGAAUCAGUACAUAGGUUUUUAAUGAAUGUUUGAGCCAACUAUUUUCUUAUCCAAAGAUUUGAAAUAUGUGUUGUAACUUAAGUACUUGUUAAAAUGGCUAUGUAAUCAGGAUGCAUAAGGUUUUAUGUGCAUAAAAACUGCAGUAAUGUAUCUUGCCCAAAGGUGUUGCAUAUACUGUGAUAGUUGUAACAUUGUCAACAAUGUUGUUUAACUUUUAUUUGGUUUGACGGUGAAUGCCAAUGCACUAAGCUUUUCUUCCAUUGAACCACUUAAUGGAGGAAUUACAAAAAGUGGAGACAGGAUGUAGAGAUCGUGCUUGGCUUGAUGGACAAUGACCUUGCACUGAGGGAGGAUGAAACACCUGCUUUGACAGCGAACAUCACUGCAGAGAAAAGAUUGAAGUCUGAGAAAUGGGAGAAGUCAAAUAGAAUGGCUCUUAUGGUCAUGAAAAGGUCCAUCAGUGAGGCUGUAAGAGGUGGCAUACCAUCCUGUGACAAAGCUAAGGCUUUCCUUGAGGCUAUUGGAGCAAAAUUCAAGAUGUUCGAGAAAAGAGAGAUGGCGAACCUGAUGACCACACUGAUUUCUCAGAAGUUUGAUGGCAAAACGAGUGUUCGAGAGCAUAUACUGAAAAUGGUGGAGGCUGCCGCCAAGCUCAAGGAUCUGGAGGUGCCAAUUAAUGAUUCCUUUGUUGUUCACAUGGCUCUCUCAUCCCUUCUUGAGUCAUUUGAACAACUUAAGGUGCCAUACAAUACUCAAAAUGAGAAAUGGAGUCUUGAUGAGAUGAUUUCUAUCUAUGCACAAGAGGAGAACAGGCUGAAUCGUGCAAAAAGUGCGACGGUGAACCUUGUUGACUACAAUGCAAGUAAGAAUCCUAUGAUGAAUGCUGGUAAGCAGACUAAGCUUUUUAAUACCUCCACUACUAUUGCCAAUGUUGCUUCUUCCUCUAAAGGACCUCAAAACCUUAAGCCAAAUUUGGAGAAUGUGAAAUGCUAUUUUUGCAAACAACAUGGACACUUGAAAAGGGACUGCGAGAAACGUAAAAAAUGGGCAGUGAAGAAAGGAAAAGGGAUUUUCAAGAAAAAUGUCAACAAGUAAUGAAGUCUUUGAAGUGCAUGUGGGCAAUGGGAAUAAAGUUGCUGUGGAAGCAAUAGGCAACCUCAAGCUCAAGUUGUCGUCAGGCUUUAUUUUAGAACUUUCAGAUGUACUUUAUGUUCCUACUUUAACUAGGUCUUUAAUUUCUGCUUCAAGACUUGUAAAAGAUGGUUUGCUUUUGUUGGUGAUGAUGAAAGCAUAAGAUAUAUAUGAAAAAUAAUUUGAGUCAAUUGUUGGGCAUUUGUCUUUUAGACAAUGAUUUAUGGAAAUUAGAUUGUGUUGUCAUGAA